AUGUCCGGCAUCAUGUCCAGCUCGACUGCGCUGCGCAAGGUGGAGCUGAUCGGCACGCUGCUGGACAAGAAGCGAGCAGAUGGCCCCUCUCUCGCUCUCAAUUUUUGCAAUGGCAGCUCUUUUCCUUUGGCUCUACCUCCCAUCGUCGCGCGAGGCAUAUCCAAUCCUCCUUGCGUGAGGGUGCAAGGCAUGAACCACAGGCUCCUCUUGCUACUCGAGCAGCAUCUCGACUCGCCAUCCCGCCCAUCGCCGACGAGUGAGGGCAAGACUUUGGCCGCAGCGGCAGCGGCAGCGAAAAGGGGAUUGGCUUGCAUCUUUGCCAUCGACUUUUUCGAAGCGGACCUCAUCGCUCAGCAAGUGGUCAGGCUCAUCAUUCUCGCUAAUUUCGUCUGA